CAUGUGACUUCUGUUACGUCAUCCUCCGCCGGACCGGAUGCAGUCCAGGUGAGGCAGGCCCCGCCCCCUCGCAGGUGCGCUCAUUAAAAAGCUGUGAAAGUGGAACAAUGGCGUCUGUCCGUCUGAAGAGAAGGCGCCAAACUCAAACUGCAGAUUAAAGAUGUCGAGCAGCGGAGCGGAAACAGCAGCUCAGAGCCCGCUGCUCUCCAACAGUUUCUGUUUCAGCCCGUGGUCGUGUGUCUGCGUGAAGGGCUGGUCGGCGGCGAUGUGGAACGGGCUCCCCGACCCGCUGCUGGCCGCCGCCGCCGCCUCUGGAUGCUCCGCCCCCGAGCCGUGGCUCCUCCCCGGCUGCAGCUCCGUCUACGACAGCCUGGUCAGCAACGUCUCUCCGAUCCCGUCGCCUCCUGCAGCCAGCGGCCCGCGAGGACGAGAGAGAGCCGCCGGCAACAAACCGCGCAGGCCGUCCAUCCUGGAGCGUUGUAUCCUCAAAGUGUCGACCAGCAGCGUGGCGGUGGGGACGGACGAUCUGGACGGCAAGAGGCCCCCCCUCGGUCGCUGCUACCCCCGUCUGCCGGACCCGGUCAACACCGAGACCAACACCGCCGUCCUCAAGCGGCGGCAGAAACAGAUCCAGUACGGCAAGAACACCAGCGGCUACCAGAACUACCUGCAGCAGGUCCCCAGACACCUGAGGGAUCCUAAGCUCCACCCGUCCACUCCCAACAAGUACAGGAAGUACAGCCGGCGCUCCUGGGACAUGCAGGUGCGUCUGUGGAGGCGAGCGCUGCACCUGUGGGACCCCCCGACCGACUCGCAGCCGGACACCGCUGACACACGGGACCCAGUGGAGCAACUGCAGAGCCAGCUGGCCAAGAUGACCUCUGACCUGUGUGAGGACGGAGGAGACAAGCAGAGAGAGAAGGAGGCUCCAGCAGCCUCUAAAGCCUCCUCUGUGUCUCCUCUGUCGGCCGUGACGUCGCUGGAGCUGCCUGGACCCUGGACCAGCCCGCUCUCACCGGUAAUCGCACUGAAUGAUCCGACGGCUGCUCCCAGAUCAGUUAAUGGCGUCGAUGUGUUUCUAUCUAAACCUUCUUCCUGUCAGGAGGCCGAUGGGGGCCACAGGCCUCUGCGCUCUCCCCCCGGCCUGAGCUACUCCUUCAGGAGUCAGCUGACCACCGACGACAACAUGACCGACUGGCUGCGCCUCCUGCUGGAGGCCGACGACGGCCGAGACUUCGGCUCUGAUGACCAGCAGGUUCCGGUCUUCUCUGACCAGCUCCUGUGGAACCCGUACUGAUCCAACGUCUGCCGGUCUGAAGCCCACGAGGUUCAGCCGUCUUCACCUGCACCUCGUUUAGUGUGUGUGUGUGUGUGUGCGUGUGUGCGUGUGUGUGUGUGUGUGUGUGUGUGUGCCAGUACGUUCGUCUUUUUAAGAUAACGACAGCAGGGAUGUGAUCGGAGCCAGCCCUCGGGUCUGUUCCUGGAGGAGGGCUGAAGAGAGGCGAGAGGAACCAGCUGCUCCUGAACGCAUCCUGAGGGCUGACACUGAACCUCUGACCUGAGCAUGGUUGUAUAGUUUGCACUUUAUAUAUAUUUAUGUUGCCCUGCGUCCGAUGGAGCACUUCUCACCUGCAUCAUGUUUGACUUUGAUGAUCCUGCACUGAAGGGGAAAAAAGCUGCUGUUUAUUAUUUUUGUAUUUGAAGUCACUUUAUUUGUCGUCUGUUUUUUGGUGUCACUUUGCGGCCUCGUCGGUCCGCCGUCGGUCCGCCGUCGCCUUCGUGCUCUGCUGUCUGUCUGGAUCAGGCUCCAGCUCCUCCCUCUCUACCUCCAUGUUUUUUCUAAAAAACAAAAAGCUCGAUUAAUGGAGGAGAAACGGCUGUCGCUUUGUGUUGUUGUGACUUUUCUUUUACUUUUCUGUUUCUCAAGUUGUCAUAUUUGUGCUGCUCGAAUAUCGAGAGCAAAGCUGAAAGAUGUGAUUAAUAAAGAUGUAAAUAAAGUGUUAUAAACU